UUGCUCGCUUCAGACAGUCAGCUUGCUCCCGGCUGCCUGGUGGACUGUACCACACUAUGACUCUCCCCCUACCCUCACCCUUGCAGUGGGCCGCUCCCCCUUCUUCACCGCUCGCUUUGGUGGAAGCGAAGCCCAAACAGAACAUCAUGGCGAUUGAUGGUGGCGAGCGUAACUGUGGAGUACAUGAGCUGAUCUGCGUCAGAAAAGUCUCUCCAGAGGUGCUGGGGUUUCUGACAGCCAUCGGACUCUUCAUCAUCCUCAUGACCCUCCUGUUCUGGUACCUGAACAACAAGUUGGCACUUGAGAACCCAGGGAGCCUUCAGUGCCUUGAUGACUUCAGGAAAAAAGCCGAGUUGCAAGACAAGACCUACUCUGACGGCGACUUGCAGGGCUCGUCAUCGGACAGCGAGGAUGAACUCAUGGGUCAGUAUCAGGAAGCGGUCAGCCGCUCCCAAGGCCUCCGGGGAGGAGCCAAGGCAGCCGCUAAUACCAAACACGUAGGAGGUUUCAGCUGGGAGAGCCGGCAGAAGUACAGCCCUCUGACUGCCGAGUAUAACGGCUACAGCAGUGAAGCCUCGGCUGACGACGCCAACUGCAUCCAGAGGAUGAGACGAACGCCACCGCUGGAUGAGCUUCAGCCACCUCCUUAUCAGGAUGAGAACGGCUCUCCAAGGAUGUCCUGUACGCUGUCUGACCUGGGAGACGCCAAGUGUGACCUGUCCUAUACCAGCGGCAGUCCCCACCUGUCCUUUGGCAAAUGCCCCAGUGAGUGCAGUGACGGCCCUGAGACUGAGAGUUACCUCAACAAGGGCUACGAGGAGGAUGUACCGAGUGACAGUACAGCUGUCCUCAGCCCAGAGGACAUGUCAGCCCGUGGAUCCUCAGCUCAGCUCCCUAAAGGUUAUGAACCAGAUCCAGUUGCAAAAUAUGGCACUCUGGACGUGGUGUUUGACUACGACUCAGAGGAUCAGCAACUGGCAGUCACCAUCACGGCAGUAUCGGAUCUUCCCGCCCUAAAACGCACAGGGAACAUCUCCUGGCAGGUCCACCUGGUGCUGCUGCCCACCAAGAAGCAGAGAGCCAAGACAGGAAUCCAGAGAGGUCCGUGCCCAAUCUUCACCGAGACCUUCCGCUUCAGCCACGUGGAGUCAGAGAUGAUCAGCAAUUACGCUAUCCGAUUGCGCCUUUAUAGCAUGCGGCGGAUGAAGAAGGAGAAGGUGCUCGGGGAAAAGGUGUUCUAUCUCACCAAGCUCAACCUUCAGGGAAAAAUGUCUGUGCCGGUCAUAUUAGACCCAUGCUGUGCUCUCCCGGGUGGUGAAUCCCAAGUCAGCCUCUCAGAUAUGACAUGCAGUGAAAGCGCCUCAUCAUUCCAGUCAGUCAGUCAGACCUCCACACCAGAGAUCCUCGUGGGCCUGGUGUACAACGCCACGACAGGACGUCUCUCUGUGGAGAUCAUCAAAGGCAUCCAUUUUAAAAACCUGUCUGCCAACAAGCCACCCAAUGGGCUGUUCUGUUGUCUAAAACACUUGAUAGGUGGACAGGUUUAUAUUAUCAGAGAUACAUAUGUUAAGCUGACCUUACUGAACUCCAUGGGCCACGAGAUGUCCAAGUGUAAGACAUCCAUCUGUCGAGGUCAACCCAACCCAACCUACAAAGAGACGUUUAUCUUCCAGGUAGCACUUUUCCAGCUAUCGGACGUCACGCUUAUCCUGUCCGUCUACAACAAGCGCAGCAUGAAGCGUAAGGAGAUGAUUGGCUGGAUUUCGCUCGGCCUCAACAGCUCUGGAGAGGAGGAGCUCACCCACUGGACUCAGAUGAAAGAGUCUAAAGGACAGCAGGUUUGCCGCUGGCACAGUUUGUUGGAGUCCUAACAGCAAGAGAACAGUAAGUGAAGAGAGUGCGUGAGGAUAACUGCACAGAGCAGUUGUCAUCCCAGACAGGUGAGAAAUGGAGUUCAGCUGGGUUAGAGGCAUGUGACAGACGUCCAGGGAACCAGGGUCAGUGGGGGUGAAGGAAAAGACAGAACAGCACGUUUCUGCACUCAGAGUUGUUUUCAGCUUGGCACAACAUAUUAAGCAUUUUUAUGGCACUGUUUGUAAAAUCACCAUUGAUUAGUCGCAUGGCUAGUAAUGGGAUGUCAUUUAUUUUCAUGGAUUGCCUUGUAAUGACCUUUACGUUUCUGUAGAUGGCACUCUGUUUUUGUUUGUUGAACUGGUUGAGCUGGGACCUGUUCCAAGAAACAAGUUCUGGGCAACGUUGUUGAAUUAAUUAUUGUCUGAUAAUUUUGCGCCACACCUCAAAGCUCAAACAACUGACAUCAGGAUGAUUCUAAAUCUUAUCCGAAAGGUUUACAAAAUGAAACAUGGCCCCUCUCUUUGUUUUUCUGCCUGUAUACCACAAGUUUGUGUCAUAUAUUUAAGGGUUGACCAAAAAUAGUUCACAAUUUAGAAGCCAGCAGAACAUGGAUGUGCAUGGCCACUUUUCAAAUCAGUAGUAGGUAGUUAUUUUCAAAUUUGUCAGUUUCUUAUAGGGACAAUCUUACUACAGUGCAGUGAACACAAAAUAUGCUACUAAAGUUAGAACAGUUUUGUUUAUUUUACAUGAGAGAUUUUUAUAUUUGUGUUCUUGCUCCUUGUUUUUUCCUCACUGGUUUGAAGUGGGCGUGGCUUAGUUGGAAAAAGGUGAAGAUGUCAUGUAUUACCAUGCACCAGUCAGAGAAGCAGGCAACAUUUGAAUCAAAAUCAUUUGUGGGAGUAUUUGCUAAAUAUUAUAAUAAUAUUAAUUAAAAAUGAUUUAUUUUUCCAAGCGUUAACUUGCUAUAUUGAAUAGUCAAUGUUAUAGAGAAGUGCUUUAAAAACCAAGUUGUCAGGGGUUUUAAGCCAUUUUUAUGGUACGAGAAACCACAUUUUGCCUUUUUUUCCCCCGGCUAGCUAACUAAUUGUAGCAACUUUCUUGCUACAUGAGUAAACAGGGCAGAACCAGUGCCAUGCUCUGCCUGGGAAAAAACACCACCACCAGUGUACUUUUCUACUUAGCUCUUGAGUUUGAAUUUCUCCAGAUGUCUGUUGUUUAAGCCAGAGGUGUGGCUACAUGAAGACGCUACCAUCACUGCUCAUGUUUGCUACAAACAUAAAUCGCACCACUUCUUCCAUGUAGGGAAGACGUUAGAGUUUCAUGAAUUUAAUAUGGAUACAAUUUAGGUUAAAUCACCAUGUUGUUGAUGAAUGUUGCUGAUUAUUACUUUGCCAAAGCUUAAUUUGCCACAUCCCAAUGUGUCUACUGCAAAUGUAUUGCAAUUACUUGUUGCAUUCAAAUGUGCAGGAAUCUGGGAAUGGAGGCAUGUUGAAAGAUAUUUUGAAGGCCAAGGAAGUGGUGGCCAUUUUGGAUCGGUUUCCAGAGAACUUAUAAAGAAUUGAUUUGGAGACUCGAGUUGAAUUACACUUUUUAUGAAUCUCAGUCGACACUGCCGAGGCUAAACCCCUCACCAUUGUUUGAGCCUCAACUUAAGUACAUAUAUAAAACAUCAGCUAAAUAAUUUUAGACAGGCAAAUGUCAGGCAAAUAAAAUUCUCGACAUAUAACCUGACAGUGGAAGUGUCAUGGUUGAUGUUGAGAUGAAGUUCAGUAGUGAUCUCUGAGAAGAAUUAAGCAUUUCACAUUGUUAGAUAUUUGUCUUGAAAACACCAGUUUGCAGAAGCAAUGACAGACUGAGAUAUGAUAUAUAUAGAAAUGUGUAGUAGUUACUGUGGUGGUUGUGUGAUCUUGAGUUUCCAUGCACUAUUGAAAAGUCACACAGAAUGUCAAAAGCAUAUUCAAAGACAUUUUAAGACACUUUUUUAUAGGUACCAAAUAACUUAGUCACAUAUCACAGCAGUGAAGCUAACAUGUGAAAAGAUAAUAUACCCGUUAAUCUCUUUUACCCGCUCUGGUGCUAAUAAGUGCUGUGGCUGCACGCACGGAAUCCCUUGCCUUAUGGUUUAGUCAGUUCAUAAAUUACUGUAAGUGGACCCAGUACAAGAACAGACACAGAUACACCCUCAGAGCACACAGACCAUAAUUACAGGAAGCACACGCACAGCACUAUUCAACCUCACUAAAGGGAAUUCAAACUGCUUUCAUAGGAGCCUCAGUGUGCAUCGACAAAUUUGCAGAAUGUCUAAAUGCGAAUGGGUUGUAUGUUUAGCUGUGGACACUUUCUCACUUCAUUUCAUUUACAGACAACAGAAAAUACAUAUUCUCUUUACUGUGCCUGUGGUUGUGGUGAAAGCUAGCUUUGUGCAGUGUUUACCAAGUGGAUGUGUUGUGUGUGGUUGUGUGUGUUGACUGGAAAGGUACAGUGGGGGGGCUGUGAUAGUUGUUGUAUUUUCUCGUUGGUUGUGACAAUUUCUGAAUUUAUUUACCCGUAUUUAGAACGCAGUAACACACUUCUUGAAUGUCUGCCAUAUACUUUAUAUACAGUAAAUGUGUUGUUAUCUAUUUUUGUAUCAAUAAUGGGGAGGAAAUUGUGUUCAGACAGUUAAAUAGUGAAACACAUAUUAACCCACCCUGUGAGCAAUACUAUUCUGGAUUGCUGUGGUUUAUUCUGUUCAUUUAUUUGAUGUUUUAGAGGUCUUAGUAGCUCUGGUCCUCUUUACAUCCCCUUCUCUAAAACCAGAAAGGGAUGUGACAGAAACCAGCAGAGCUCAUCUUAAAAUCAAUCUGUCAAGACCUUUGAUGCUUUUUAACAGUGUGAAACAGAAGCACAGCCUUUACAGCACAACAGUCAAACACACCGUGUAAAAGCUUGGCAGUAGCUCAUUUGUACAUGUAGAGAUAAAUCAUAUCAUUGGAAUCCAAAUUUCGCCAAGAGUAAAAAAAAAAAAAAAGAAAUCGUGCAAUAUUUGUUUCAUGAUCAGGCUGGAUCAUUUGAUUUGGCUUUAGUAAAUUCAUUCUUAUGUCUUGCAUUUAACUGCCAGCAGAAAAAGGGGAGUGAUUUUGUUAAAUCAACAGAAGGUUGAUUUAGGAAUAGGUGUAGAAGAAGGUGUAGGAAUAUAAAUAGAGUGAUCUUUCACACUGUUAGUGGGUGUCUGAUGCUCCAUAGUCAAGCCUAUUAUCAGUUAAGAAGUCGAUUCCUGUGCGUCCUGGAAUGAUGCACAAUGGUGACAAAAAGGUUCUUCAACAACUCUUCACAGAAAAAUUGUAAAAUUUAAAUACAGACUAAUACUUUCUUUAGAGCACCACAUAUUCUAUUGACAUGCCACUUAUUUUUUUGAAUGUUAAGAUCUGGUCUUGCUACAAAACUACGGAAGCAAAAAUAGGCCAAAAGGAUUUUAAUCUUGCAAGCAAUUGAAUAUCUAGAUGUGAGAUUUAAAUUAUAAUAAAUCCGCCUCUUAAAAAAAAAUUAGAAUGCACACUUGAUUUUAAAUGUGUUUAAAGGUAUGCAAAUUCAGAUGAAAAAUUGCGCCCAAAAUGAAAGAAAAACUACAUUCAGGUCAUUUUCAGAUCUAAAAUUUCAGUUGAGUUCAGUUGAGUAAAAAAACCCAUCAGGGUGCUAAAACUAGAUAGGGGAAAUUCAGAAACAGUUUUGAAAUUCAAACCACAUACAUUGAGAUGUAUGUUUUUUAAAGUUAUUAAUGCUAUUAAUAAAGUAGUAUUUAAAAUGCUACAUUAAGUAGUAGUUAUUUUUCACAAUAAGGUACUCAGCUGCAUUUAAAAUAUGUUUUAUGGCCAUUCUUUGCUCCUGUACAAACCAACACAAAGGCUGGGUGGAACAAUUUUCUAUAGCUCUUUGUUCUGCUAAUCUUUCACAAGAUGUGUUCCACUAAUAAGGUUUUUAAAAAAAUAUGGCUAUGCUUUGCAGUAUAGUUUCUUGUGCUUUGAUUUCCUUGACACAUUUCCAAAAAAAAAACUGUUUAAAUGCUGGUUUUAAUUUGUGUUUUUUUUUUUCUUUUU